AUGUCGUGCCAAUUCAGACCUCUGCUGAGUAGGCCUACCACUCAGGCACAACCUUUUCCACCCACAAGGAACCCCAGUAUCACGCCUGAACUCCAGCAGAGCACCAAGAAAAGCAAGUCGCUGGGAGAAGCAACAAAGGUUAUCGAGGAAAGAUGUGGCUUCAAGGCGAGCGUGCGAUUGUGGAAGGACAAGGUCCGGGAAUGGGGCCUCGAAAAGAACCUAAGCGCCUCGGACAUGAAAACCCUCGUCGCGAAACAAAAUGAGAGACUUGAGCGAUUCAUUAAGAGACAGGCGGAUAGGACGGAUUACCCAUCCCCUUCUGUUCCAACACCUUUUGGCGUGACAUACCAUACACCGCAAAAUAUCGUGAGUCCUGAAUCAUUUUGCGACGGUAUCAACGACACCCUUGCAUCAGAGUUCUUGCAUCAUUACACAGGGGUCUCGCUCAUCACAAGCCUCAGAGUACACGCAGAGAAUAUAUCUCAGCCACUGAGCUUGCCGGCCGGGACUGCUUGCCAAGUCCAUCAAAGAGCAGAUCAAGCCGUUGUGUAUAGUGGCAGCUUCUCGAAUACACAAAGAGCGCAGGAGAUAUUAAGACACUCUCACAACCUGGGCGUCGUCCUGCAUAACCUCCUUGAGGACCCUCGUUCGACAGCACUUUGGCCUGAAACCCCUGCCUCCUCGGAUACCUCCCGUGCUCCCCUUUUCUGGGUUGAGUGGCCACAUCUACACGCCGCCUCUAAUGCCAAGCUUCAGCAUUUGACUGGUCAACUGAAGCAUUCACAUAUCUGCCGUGAGCUCCUCGCACACAGUCCUCAAGAUCGCUUAGACUGGGUGAAAAACUGGCAGCAAAUGCCAGAUGUCGAUGGACUGAAAGUCGCGAAGCUAGCGACUAGCUUAUUCGGAGAUCCGUCCAUACCCUACCGUGGAGCACGUUUCUUCACUCUAUGGAUCAAGUUCAAGGCGACGUCAAAGCAGGACCAUCCCAUGCUUCUGAGACUUUCGCUAGGCAACGAUCUCGAGCAGAGAACUAGGGACUGUAACUACUGUCAUAGCGCUUUCAUGCUCCUAGAUUUUGUGGAUCGAACUGGCGCGGUCAAAUUAAAUGUCUCACUGGCGUCCUCGCCCUUCCGGCGCAUGUUCUCAAGUAGCAAAGAAUACCUGAAGAUCUUCAACGUCAAUACCAUGACCAAAAGGGCUCAAUGGUCGGAUCUAACCUACCUUCACCAAGGGUGGUCGUCGUUCUAUGCUUGUGGUAGAUCUUUUGGGGCGUCGAAAAAGUCUUUUAUCCCUUGUGAGCCUGAAUGCGGCUCACAAGGGAUAGAGGGCCAGAUUUCGAGGCUGGCGAUCUGGAUUGCGGAUCCAAAAGAAUUCGAGGACGACACAGACUUUGACGACACAGACUUUGACGACACAGACUUUGACGACACAGACUUUGACGACACAGACUUUGACGACACACACAGACUUUGGACUUUGACGACACAGACUUUGACGACACAGACUUUGACGACACAGACUUUGACGACACAGACUUUGACGCUUGGCUGA